AUGGAGCAGAGUCUGCAAAGGAUUGAUUUCCGCCUUCUUCAAGGCUGCUGUCUUGAGGCAGAGCGCGCUGAUCUUGUAUCGGUGAACCUGGAAGGUCUCCGCCUCUCCCUGCCAGAGAACUACGGCGGUCACCUCGCUGCACUCGUCGAAGAGAUGCGGAGUUGUGCAAGGAUACUUCGAAGCUUGGCCGAUCUGUCCCAGAUGCAUUUCAAUCGCGUACCAAUCCUUCUCAACUACCUCAACAUAGUUCUACCAUGUCUAUCCAGAACGCUACGCGACAUCACCACAUUUUACGAGACCCGCACUUUGAGCAAGGAGAUGCGAUGGCGGAAAAUGUACCACACCCUCACACAGGAGGUUGGCGGCUUACCUCUUCCCCAACGCUUUGUGCUCUAUAAUCACUUCUUGACAUGCCUGAAGCAUCUGCUCACAAGAUCUCCAAACUUCGACCUCAACGGUCUAGAGAACCUGCGAAAGAGAAUUAUUAGUUUGCGAGAAGCGAGAGGCAUUGCGACGCCAACAGCACAAGUUGGGCCCGUUCUCCGACCUGAAAAUAUGCUCUUGCCGGCGCUUCAAGACCCCAAUGCGCAUUGGGCUGAGCAGAUAUUCUCGCUCCCUCUGCCAUCUCGGACUGCCCUGAAGCAUAAUAGACCCUCAGAGGCACGCGGCAACCUCAUGGCGUGGGGCCAGCUGAACAUUCCAAAAGAGAUCAAGAUGCUAUUCAGACGACCUUUUGAUGAAGACCGUCUCUCGUUGAUGGUGUAUCUCAACCUGGUGAACCAGACACCUUACAUGCUUAUCCGGCAGUUUCACCAGGGCGCCCCAUGGUUCACUCUCCGCGGCACUCAUGAACUUGUCAUACACCGUGAGGGUAGCGCGCUGCAGCUUAACCGAUGGAGUCAGGUGGAUAAUGUACCCAAGCUUUGGGCCGCUCUCUGCUUCAAGACUUGGGAAGGCAAGCACAACUUGGCUGUCAACGCAUUUUUGUUCCAUUGCACCUUUGUCUCUUUGAAGGCCCGAAAUCUCCUAACCGUCAGCAUGAACGCCCGAGAAUUCAAGGUGUCUGGCGAAUCAAGACUCUUCCAAGCGCAAAUCAUUGAUGAUGGCUUCAAACACUCUCUCAUAGUGUACCAAGAUGUGGCAACCAAAGGCCUCCGUCUGCACGCCGCGGUGUGGGAAGGCGAACUCCGUCAGUGUCCAGUUUGGACGGCAUUUGUAACCCACCAGUCUGCGUCCCGAACGUGGCUACACCGUAAAUCUCGCCAUCGCAUAUGGCUCAAAGAUAUUCAACUCUACGUCUUCUGCCAUCGUUACCGCCAGCAAAACCAACGAAAGGGUCAGGCCGGCGCCUUUGAGAUCAACUUCGUCUCCGACGUAGGGGCCACGCGGUUCCGGCAGGUGUUCUUCCCGGAACCGGAACCCCCGCAAGCCAUCGAAGACGGGAAGGAGAAAUAG